GAGGAGCACUUGUAACUUUGACUUUCCUUUACCACCAAUUACUUUUUUUUCUAGAAAAAGUGAGACCAUUUAAAAGCUAUUAUUGCAAAGAGAAAAUUAUGAAAUUAUGAAGUCCGGAAUUCUGUUUGCUGCUUUUGUUUGUUUUAUGCAAACAGCGAGAUGUACAGAUCCCGACGUCUUUCUGAUACAUAAUGAAAAUCAUCAGAAGUGUGUCGAAGCGAAAAGUGAACAAAUUGUGGAAACAAGUGAAUGUGAUGCCAAUGCAGAGUCACAACAGUUUAGGUGGGGUUCUGGUCAGAGGCUCAUGAGUGUCAAGUUCACACUGUGCCUUGGAGUCCUCAGAAAAGCAAACUGGGUACCUGUAGCUCUGUAUCAAUGCAACGACACCAGCAAUCUGCAGAGCUGGAUAUGCAGGAAUGACACCUUGCUGAGUAUCGACGGGGCUGAUCUCUACUUCAAUUAUGGAAACAAAAACGAGAAAAAUAUAAUGCUCUACAAAGGAUCGGGGGUUUGGAGCAGGUGGAAAAUUCAUGGCACCCAAAAUGAUCUUUGCUCAAAACACUAUGAAGAUUUAUUUACAAUAUACGGAAAUUCAAAUGGACAACCCUGUGUAAUUCCUUUCAAAUAUUCAAAGACGUGGUAUACAAAGUGUACAAAAGAGGGCAGAACGGACGGGAAUCUUUGGUGCGCAACUACCUCGGACUAUGCGGAUCACAAGUGGGGCAUUUGUCCCAGAAAAUCUGACCUCUGCGAAUCUUUGUGGAGUAAAGAUCCUUCAUCGACCAAAUGUUACCAGAUCAACAGUGAAUCAGCUCUAACAUGGCACGAGGCACGAAGAAGCUGUCAGCAGCAAAAUUCGGACUUGAUGAGCGUGACAGAAUUGCACACACAGGCAUAUUUGGCAGGCCUGUUGAAUCCAAUAAAAACACCACUCUGGAUUGGACUCAGUACUCAAGAUUACGAGAGCGGGUGGCAAUGGAGUGACCAAAGCCCCUUCAGAUACUUGAACUGGGCUCCUGGUCAUCCGUCAUAUGCCAGAGAGGAUACAUGUGUGGUUUUGAAUCCAUCGCAGGCAUCAAAAUGGGAGAGCCAAGCUUGCCAUCUGAAAUUGGGAUAUAUUUGUCAAGGUGACACCACGGUAUCGAAGACCCUUCCAUCGCAAGUGAUCGAUAUACCCAUUGCUUGCCCAAAUGGAUGGCAAUCGUAUGCAGGUUAUUGCUAUAUUCUACACAAAAAUCGCAAGACAUGGCAGCAGUCUUUAAGAGCCUGUCGAAAGGAGGAAGGAGAUCUAGCUAGCAUUCAAAAUAUUGAAGACCAGAGCUUUAUCAUAGCUCAGCUUGGAAUUUCUUCCAUUGAUGUGGUGUGGCUUGGAUUGAAUGAUCUUAAGACAUCAAUGCUGUUUUCAUGGUCAAAUGGAUCCCCUGUGACCUAUACUUUUUGGAGCUAUCAAGAACCAAGCCAUUUAACUAAUAGGGAUGAGAACUGUGUCAUGAUGAAUACAACGAAUGGCUAUUGGGCAGAUCAGCUGUGUGAAAUGGAAUAUGGAUAUAUUUGUAAAUGCAAACCACCUCCAAAUAAACCAGGGAAGGCGCUCGAAAUUCCUGCAGAAGAAGGAUGCAAGAAGGGUUGGAAGAGGUACCAGACAUUUUGUUAUCUGAUUGGAUCAUCUAUAAUGACAUUCGACGAUGCAAAUAAGCAGUGUCAAAAUGACGACGCAGUUCUGGUUAACGUUCAAGGAAGAUUUGAGCAAGCUUUCCUGACAAGCGUAAUUGGUCUGUGGCCUGAAGCAUCUUUUUGGAUUGGAAUAAAAUCUGAUACAAAUAAUGAAGGGACCUUCAUAUCAGUGAACAAUAAGCCAGUAUCAUUUACGCACUGGAACAUUAACAUGCCAGGGAGAAACACUGGAUGUGUUGGCAUUGCAACUGGACGUGCUGCUGGGUUAUGGGAUGUUCGUGAUUGUAAUAGCAAAGCCAAAUAUAUCUGCAGGACCUGGGCAGCUGGUGCCACAUCUCCUCCAGUCAUUCCAACAACUGUUCCAGCAACUUGUUCGUCCCAGUGGAAAACGUAUAAAAACUCCAAAUACUGCUAUCAAAUUUUCAUAAAAGCGCCACAUUUCAGGAAAUCGUGGUUUGAAGCACGUGAUUACUGUCACAGCAGAGGAGCAGAUCUAAUGAGCAUCCAGGAUAGCGCUGAAACUGAUUUCAUCUGGAAUCAACUUGUGUCAACUUUCGCUUCUUUCCCUUUGUGGAUCGGAAUAAAUAAGCCUGGCCCAACUUCUGGAUUUAUUUGGAGUGAUGGCAGUCCAGUAAGCUAUGAGAACUGGAAUGCUGGAGAACCGAACAAUCAUCGUGGCGUUGAGAACUGUGGUGAAGCAAACACAGAUCAUUUGCGAUGGAACGACAUACAUUGUGAAGCCUUACGUGAUUGGAUAUGCAAAAUUAAGAGAGGAAAAAAUGUAAUACCUGAAUCUAAAACUGAAACUGUUGGAGUUGCAAAAACCGAAGAUGGCUGGAUCAUACAUGGCGAAUCUCAGUAUUAUAUUAGUCAAGACCCAGUUGCUUGGGAUGAAGCAAGGGAAUUCUGUAAGAAAGGGUUUGGUGACCUUGCUAUAAUCAGCGGUGCUUCUGAAAGAAUGUUCUUAUGGAAACAGAUUUUGAAAAGUCCCGACAAUCAAUACUUUAUAGGCUUGCUUGUGGGCCUUGACAAAGUUAUAAAGUGGAUAGACAAUUCUCCAGUUAUUUACAUUGCCUGGGCCCAGAAUGAACCCAAUUUUGCAAAUAAUGAUGAAAAUUGUGUCACCAUGUACACAAACAUGGGAUAUUGGAAUGACAUGAACUGUGGCAACAUAUUACCCUUUAUAUGUGAAAGAAGUAACAGUUCAAUAAAUACUACACAAGCUCCCACAGAGGAUGUCAGUACAGGAGCAUGUCCCAAGGACUGGAAACCAUUUGGAAAGAAGUGCUUCAAGUUUUAUGGUAAAACAGGAAACUUUCAGCCCUGGAAGUCUGCGAGAGAUAUCUGCAUAAAGGAUGGAGGCAAUCUGGCAACAAUUCAAAAUGCUAAAGAACAAGCAUUUAUUACCUUGUACCUGAAUGGGUUUGCUAUGGAUGUCUGGAUUGGACUAAAUGAUAUUAAUAGUGAGGGUACAUAUCUCUGGACUGAGGGAAAAAGAGCAUUCUAUACCAACUGGGCCAAAGGUUUCCCAACUGGAAAAUCACACAGCUAUGAUAACCCGCAAUCUGACUGUGUGACUGUGAGUGUAACUGCAAAGAAAAUUGCUGGCCUCUGGAAGGAUAACUACUGUCACGUCAAGAGAGGCUUCGUAUGUCAAAAAUAUAAAGAUCCUGCAUUAAGUGCGGACCCCACAACUGUCCCUGCACAAGAUUACUUUCAAUAUGCCAACAGUUCCUACAAAACAAUCACAGUCAAGUUGAAAUGGCAAGAUGCUCGUAAAGUGUGUGAAGCAGAAGGUGCUCAGCUUGUCAGCAUUAGGAAUGCCUUUGAAAAUGCCUACAUGAUGUUAGAUGCAGACAAAUUUGGAGAGAAACUUUGGAUUGGAUUAAAUGCCGCUGAGACUGACGGACAAUACAGAUGGAUUGACGGGUGGAAACUGCGCUAUUCAAAUUGGGAUGUUGGCGAGCCCAAGAACAAUAAAGAAUGUGUCUUCAUUGAUCUGAAUGGAUAUUGGAAAACUUCAAACUGCAACAAUGAAUCUUAUGCCAAUUGCAAAAUAUCUUCUGAGCCCGUGGUUACCGAGCGACCUCAACUCCCUGGAAAAUGUCCAGAAAAGGUGACCCAAGCUUGGAUCCCUUUCCAUGGCCACUGUUACUUCUUUGAAACAGCACUUAAAAAACAAUGGGCCUCUGCCAGCCUCGACUGCAUUCGUUAUGGGGCUUCAUUAGUAAGUAUUGAUGAUACUCCAGAAAGCAACUUCUUGUUGCAAACAACAGAAAUCAUGGUUGACAAGUCACCGGCCUUCUGGAUAGGAAUGUACAGGAAUAUUGAAGGUGCCUGGUUAUGGUUAGAUAACAGUGUGGUGGAUUUUGUAAAUUGGAAUAAAGGCGAGCCUUCCGAUCACAAGCAGGAAGAUUGUGUUGAAAUGUAUUCACACCUGAGUACUUGGAAUAAUGCUCCAUGUUCAACUUAUAGAAACUACAUAUGCAAAAUGCCUAAAAUUGUGGAAGUAACUGAGGCACCACAAGAACAGGAAGUUUCCCAGCCAAAAGAGACUCCGGUUUACAACAUCACGGGAAUUGUGGUGUUGCUGGUCAUCGUCGCCAUUUUAAUUGUGGUUCUUGGAGGCUUCUUCUUUCAAAAGCACAGGAGGAAGACCACAGAUGGACACACAAAUUUUGACAAUACUCUUUACUUCAAUAGAGAGGUUACAUCUGGACCCUGUGACUUAAAAUCUCUUGUGCCAAAUAUAGAAUCAAAUGAGUAGAAUUAAUGUAAUUUACUAAAGUUUUUGAAAUAUAUUGAAAUAAAUGUACCAGAAACUGAAAGCAGUGAGACUGGAUAUUAAUGUUAGUGGUGAAUUUGGCUGAUAUAUGCUUUUGCUGCAAUAUUUUGCACUGGACUCUAUGAUUAUUCUUCUGUACUGUUUAUUGUCAUUUUAUGAGAAUUAUAUAUAUAUAUAUAUAUUGAUUACUUUGUUUGUUAAAGGUCAAAUAUCAGGUAUAACCUUUUAGAUUUAAUGCUCAGUGUUUUAGUAAUGUUACUAUUUCAAUACUAUAAUUUGUUUCUGUAAAUAGGAGAAAGUUAAAUCUUAUUGCUUCAGGACAAAGAUAAUGAUGGAAUGAUAUUUUUAAGGGUUAGCUCUACUCCAAAAAUGCAUUGUUGUAAUUUUCUGGUUAUUUGUUCCAAUAAAGAAAAUGCGGAAAAAGUUAAGUUGCUGUAAUAACCUAUAUUUUGUGGGAAAUGAAAACAUUAGCUCAAAA